CGUGUUACUUACUUUAGUCAAAAAGUUCUCAAGGCCGUGCAUUCUCCACCAUAAUAUUCAUUCUACUUCCUUCUCAUGAUCAUUUCUGCAGAUGUCAUUUGUUUCGCUGCGUCAAGCAGCAUUCACUUUUGGUCGUCAGAGGAGUAUAGGAGCACGGCUACGCUUACCAAUCAGAACAGUACAAUCAAGACAAUUGUCCUCCCACAAUGUUUUGGACACGCUAGAAGAACGUGGUUUAUUACACCAAGUAACAGCUCCCAAUUCACUUCGUACCCAUCUCAAUGAUCCUCAAUCUCCACGAAGCAUCUACGUGGGAGUGGAUCCAAGUGCAGAUAGCUUGCAUGUAGGCAACCUUCUCCCAUUACUAGCCGCACUUCAUUUCGUCAGACAUGGUCACAAAGCUGUAAUCUUGAUAGGAGGAGCGACUGGAAGCAUUGGAGAUCCAUCAGGCAGAAGCACAGAACGACAAUCACUGUCUAUCGAGGCUCUGAAUCACAACGUAAAUCGUAUCACUCAACAAGUACAACAAUUCUUCCAAAAGGCGAGGGAGUAUGGUAAUACCCACCACUUGAAAGAUCUAUCAGACAAAAGCUUGGAGGAUCGGAUAAGUGUCGUCAAUAAUGCUACAUGGUACGAAGGUGUUGGUAUUCUAGACUUUCUGCGUGAGGUAGGCAAACAUGCAAGAAUCACCUCUAUGCUGGCAAGGGACAGCGUCAAAUCACGCUUACAGCCCGACAAAGACGGUCAUCGUCAAGAUGGAUUAUCCUUUACCGAAUUUUCUUAUCAAUUGUUGCAAGCGUAUGACUUUAGCGUUUUGCAUAGGCAGCCAUGGGGAUGUACGGUCCAGUUGGGUGGCUCAGAUCAGAUGGGCAAUAUAAUGGCAGGUGUUGAUCUGAUCAGAAGACAGAAAGCAUUGACUACUUCAGAGUCAGAAGUGAAUAUCGAGGAGGACGAUAUCGCCAAAGAUCAACAAUUACCUGCAUACGGUCUCACUUUACCUUUAUUGACCACUGCUUCAGGUGCCAAAUUUGGAAAGAGUGCAGGCAAUGCGGUUUGGCUGGAUGUUGAAAAGUGCUCUCAUUAUGACUUUUUCCAAUACUUUUAUCGUGCAAGAGAUGACGAGGUAGGACUUUAUCUCAAAACUUUGACCCUACUGCCUUUGGAAAAGGUACAAAGUAUCCUAAAUGCACAUGAUCAAGAUAAAUCGAAGCGACUCGCUCAACGUGCACUGGCAGAACAUUUGACAGAACUGAUUCGAGGCUCAAAAGCAUUGCAAGAUGCCCAAGUUGCAACCAAGGUAUUAUUUGAGACAGAAUUAUCUGGACUGACUACGGAAAUGGUAUGCAAUGCAUUUGCAAACGAUGAAAGGCUCAAGACCAUUAAAAGUGAAGAAGUGAUGGGAAUUGAUUUAUCUCGGUUGCUUUCACAGAUUGGAUUGAUCAAAACACGUUCAGAAGCCAAGAGAGCGAUUGCAAAUGGUGGUGUGUAUAUCAAUAAUAUUCCUAUUCGUGAUCAAUCGCAAACUUUGUCACCAUCAGACUGUAUCCAAGGUACGAAUAUCGUUAUCCUUCGUUUCGGCCGAACGCAACAUGCAAUCCUACAAAUCGUUGAUUGAGUUGAUGGCUUCCUGUACAAUAUUGUAACUUUAUAAUGCACAAUUACACUCUAAAAAGCAACUGUGCGCGUCUAAACCGUUGCUUGCUUUUCUAUUUCCGUUGACAGCCUGGCUCUCAUUAGCGGAUUAAAAGUGCAAUAACAAAGAAAAGUUCAUAAAGUCUUGGCGUGCAUGAGGCACUUUUACAGAGAGGACGGAACAGUUACGGAGGCCGUUCUCAUAAUAACAAAAAUGGUCACAUUCAAGGGUGAAGUGAAAAUAUUCAUUUCCAUUCCAUGGCUCU